CAAUGGAACGCUACCCCACUCGAACUCCUCCACACCCAUGCAACAACACCAACUUGUACGACGACGGCGGCGACACCAACCCCCACCAAUCCCCGCCGCGCGCCUCCUUCAAGUCCGCCGCCCACCUCUACGAGAACCUCCUCUACAGCCCGCCGCGGUCGUCCUCCGCGGCGGCCAGCCCCAACUUCUACUCCCUCCUCCCGCCGCCGAGCCCCGACUCCCCUUGGAGCCUCUCCCCCCACCAGACCCCCUCCCCCGCCCUCCUCUACCACUGCAUCGCCUCCCUCCACCGCCAAGACGGCACCAUCUUCUCCAUCGCCGCCACCAAGGGCCUCGUCUUCACCGGCUCCGAGAGCCCCCGCGUCCGCGCCUGGCGCCAGCCAGACUGUGCCGAGCGCGGCAGCUUUAAGGCCGCCGAGGGCGAGGUCCGCGCGGUCCUCGCCCACGGCAGCACCCUCUUCACCUCCCACCGCGACCGCAGGGUGCGCGCGUGGACCAUCUCCGCAGAGAAUAACAGCUUCCACGUGAAGAAAACCGCCACUUUCCCCAAAUCGAAAUCCCUCUUCUCGUUUACUAGAAACCCUAACCCUAGGCACAGGGACAACAUUUCAUGCAUGGCGUACAACCACUCGGAGGGGCUCCUCUACACGGCGUCGUGGGAUAGAACGGUGAAGGCGUGGCGCGUGGCCGACGGCCGCUGCGUCGACUCCUUCGCCGCCCACGAGGACCAGGUGAACGCCGUCGUCGUCAACCAGGACGACGGCUGCGUGUUCACCUGCUCCUCCGACGGCGCCGUGAAGCUGUGGCGGCGCGUGUACGGCCAGAGCACGCACACGCUCACCAUGACGCUGAGGUUCCAGCCGUCGCCGGUGAACGCGCUCGCGCUCUCGGCGGCGCCGCCGCCGAGCGCGUCGUGCUUCCUCUACUCCGGCAGCUCCGACGGCGUGAUCAAUUUCUGGGAGAAGGAGCGGAGCUCCGGGAGGUUCAACCACGGCGGAUUCCUGCAGGGGCACAGAUUCGCGGUGCUGUGCCUGGCGGCGAUCGAGAAAUUGAUCUUCAGCGGAUCGGAGGAUACGACGAUCAGGAUCUGGCGGAGGGAGGAGGGGAGCUGCUUCCACGAGUGCCUGGCGGUGCUGGACGCGCACCGCGGCCCGGUGAGGUGCCUCGCGGCGGCGCUGGAGGUGGAGAAGGUGGUGGUGAUGGGGUUUCUGCUGUACAGCGCGGGAUUGGACCAGACGUUUAAGGUGUGGAGGAUUAAGGUCAUGCCGGAGGAGAUGGAGGCGCCGCCGCGGAGGCCGGCGCCGGUGGAGACGGCGGCGAAGGGCGGCGAGUAUGAGAUGAGUCCGGUUUUGAGCCCGUCGUGGGUGGAGAAGAAGCUGCAAGGUAAUAAUAAUCCGUUUCACUGAUUUUUAAUUAUUUUUUUAA